UCGGGCUUUUCUGAGGGUGUAACGACGUCCACAUAUGUGCAGAUGCUAGUCAUGGUCACGUACCGUGGAAAUUCUCGGAGCACUCUGAACGGCGAGGAUGAGGAAGAAGGUUCAAACUUAUGUGCGAUUUGUUUUGACAAGGAGAAGAAGGUGACCCUGAAACCCUGUGGUCACGACCAGUUCUGUUUUUCCUGCGCGCUGCGUGUGCGGACAUGCCCUCUCUGCAGGGCAGCUUUGACAUCGAUAGAAGCCAUUCCAGGCGGCAUGUCAGAGCAAGUCACGACUCAAGUCAUACCGCGAAUCACAUUCAAAGACCGCUUCCAAGCAAUUAUCCGCCCCUGGAUUCUCUGGCUAUUAGCAGGCUUAGUGUUCUGGCAAAACAGUGGGUGGCUUCUCUCAUGGGGGUCUGGAGCUCAGCACAAUGACCGUGCAAUGGUUUUGGCAACGGUGUUGCAGAAUGGAGGUGCUUUGGUGUAUGCAAGCGAUCGGUUCCUUGAUGACCGCGACAUUGUCCUGGCAGCCCUGCAUCCAGAUGGCACAUUGCUUCGAUAUGCUUCGGCCCGGCUUCGAGGAGACCGUGAGGUGGCAUUGGCUGCGGUGCAUCAGGAUGGGAGAGCCCUUGAGCACGUCGCCUUGCUUGAUGGUGAUCGGGAAGUUGUGUUGGCAGCGGUUCUUCAGCAGGGGGUCGCACUUCGGUAUGCUGCCGAAAAGCUUCGUGGUGAUCGCGACCUGGUGCUGACAGCCGUGCGACGAGAUCCGACGGCGCUGCGAUAUGCAAGUUUGGACCUGAAAGAUGAUGCAGAAAUUGUCCUGGAAGCCCUGCAGCGAGACCCCCAGGCACUUCAAUACGCUACUGUGAGGCUGAGAGGUGAUCGAGACAUCGUGUUGCAAGCCGUGCGGCGGGAUGGGAUGGCAUUGCAGCAUGCUUCCAAGGAACUUCUCGAUGAUCGUGAGGUCGUACUUGCAGCAGUACACAGAAGCGGUGAUGCUCUUUACGUUGCCGAUGGCAAUUUUUUGGGGGACCGGGAAGUAAUGUUGGAAGCAGUGCGCCAUGAUGGACAGGCGCUUCUUUAUGCGCACGCAGAUGUUCGAAACGAUCGCGCUGUCGUUCUGGCAGCUGUCCACCAGAAUGUAUGUGCACUGCAGCACGCAUCAGCAGCGCUUCUCACAAACUGUUCAUUCCUGGUCCAAGCCUUAGAAAACAGAUCUGUGCUACCACGAUUGACGCAUGUGACAUUCCGAACUGACUGUCAUGGCAUCGACACGUCACAGCCGUCACCCAACAAGGAGGUCGUGGAACCUUGUCAAGUAUGA